GAAAUCAGUUCGUUGUCGUCAGUCAGUCAGUUCAGUUCGGUUUUUCGCAGUGGACAUCAAGGCAGAAGAACCAACUCAGCCCGAGGAGAAUCGAAUCCAUCCAAGGCAACAGCAAGCAGUCCAAGUCCAGGCACAGUUGAUGCAAAAAGUUCCCAGGCCACCAGACGCAAUCGAAUUAUUCGAACUCAAAUUCGAUUCCACUGUGCGUGUGUACCGUUGUGGGUGCGUGUGUCGGGGUGUGUGUGUGCGUGAGUGUCCUUGGUUGUGUGUGGCCAAAAAACCAGAAACCAAAAAAAAAUUAGAAAAUACUGAACUGAUGUAAAUCAAAACUGAGGGCGCCGCCAGGAUUCGAUUUAGCAAUCCACACAGGACGAGAGGAAGCUGAAAUCAGGACAGCCCACAGAGGAAAAUCAAUUUUCUGUUAAAAUACACAAAUUGCAACGAAUAGACGCGUCUCGAAGAGCGAAUCACCGAGAAUAAUAAUCGGUUGCAAAACUCCAAAGCCGACCCCCUUUUUCCCGCCGCCCCCCUUCGCAAAACGCCAUGCACACACACUCACGCGCGUAGCACACACACACACACACGCCACACCACACACACACCGAGAAUCGCCUGGACGUUAACGGUAAAAAGCGAAAAGAGACGCCGCCUGGUUAGGCCAUCAGUGGUGGAGGUGCAACGGGGGCUAAAGGCGAGGAGCAAAGAGGAGCACCAAAAAGUGGGGAGCACUGCGGAGAACUAGCUGUGAACUCAGAGGCGCAGGCAGCCCACAACAGUCGCGUCCAUCGAGUUAGGCCCACUCCAUAAAUCAAUCGACAGAAAAAUCAAUCACAGCCUGCCGACAUCUCCAUUCAAAAAAGGCCUAACCAAAAGAAGCAGCAAGAAGAAAUCGAAAAAAGAACUUCCAGAAUUUCCAAAAAAAAAAUACAAAACUAUCAACUAAACAGCCUAAUAAUAAUAACUAAAUUUUUCUAAUAAAGACAUCUGUGAUUUGCAUAUAAAAAAAACUUAAAUUUAUAAACAACAAUUAUUUUCAUACUGCACUUUUUCAAAACCAACAAAUAACUGAAAAACAAAAAGCAAACCAAAUUAAUUUUAUAAAUUUCCAAACAUAAAUCACAAAUAAUUCGGUGAGCGUAUAAAAUAAAUAUAAAUAUAUAUCGCACACGCAAAGCUGACACGCCUCAAGGAUAAAGUCGAAAGCCGCAAAAGCAAAAGCAGCACCACAACCACCAAAAAGCAAAAGCAGAAGCCGCACCACCAGCCAAGGCAGCCUCAAAUUCACACAAGGUCAACGGAAUUAAUAUUUUUUAAAUGGAAAUCAUUCCUGAAGGUAAACACUUUCGUUUGGUGCAUGAAUCAGAGCUUCCAGAAAUUUUGGUAACUUUAGAGCGCUUUCUGCCGGAAUCAUUAAAGUUUCAUCAAACCAUAAAAACGUACCUGAAUGAUCGUAUUUGGGAUUUUAAGUUUUAUGUUGCUAAAGAUUGGCCCGAAAAACCGAUAAUUCUCCAUUUUCCAGGAUGCACGCUUGCGCCGCACAACAAUAUAUACCAAACUCUUGGCAUAUUUUGUCCAUCCGCACACAUCGAGCAUGUCGAUAUGAUGCGCACCGAAGAUGUACUUAUAGAUUGGCAGAAGCCUAUGUACCUGAACUUUACGCACAUCGCCAUUAUGAAUCGCCUGGAUGACUUCUACUCGAAGUUCGGUGUGAUGGAACGACUCAGUGGUGAUAUCUACGUGUGCAACAAGCUGAACACCGACUUGGAGCUGGAGCCGCUGCCGGAGGAUGCGGAGAUGCGUCUGCUGAACCUGGACAACGUGCAGGGCAUCCAUGAUCUAUAUCCUGCCAACGAAAUCGAGUGCGUCCAGCUGUUUGACAUCCUCGUGCGCAAGCUCCCUGGCUUGGGCAUCUUUCGCAAGGAAACCGGAGAACUAGCGGCCUGGAUGGUCCACUCAUAUUACGGCGCCAUGUUCUCAAUGCAAACACGUCCAGACUUCAGGCGCAUGGGCUAUGGAAUCCGUCUGGCCAAGUCGCUGACCCAACUGGUGAUCGAGCGCGGCUACACGCCCUUCGUUGUGAUACGUCCCGGGAACGAUGCGUCCCGCAGUCUGUACACUAAGCUGGGCUACGAGAAGGCCUUCGAGACAUGCCGGGUGCGGAUGACACCGGACAGCUACGAGGACAGCACUGUGGGCACCAUUGGCAACACGUCCUACGGAAAGUUUCCGCCGCUGCCGCAGGGCGAGUGCGUGGUGGUGACCAAGAUGCGGCGCAAACAUGUGCCCGGCGAGAGCCAGACGGUGGACGAGGGCAUCGAGGAUAUGUUGGCUGAAAAAUGUGAUAUCAGCGGCGACGAGGCGAGGGAGCGCAAGACCACGACCGACGAGGGCAUCGGGGAGGACAAGUAGGCCAGGCUGGGUUAGGGAUGGCAGUUACGAGAUACCAGAUCGAUCGGAGCGCUACGCCUACGCUAAACUUAUGCUUAAAGCUGUAAGCACCUUUUAGGACUCUUUAGGACAGACAGGACAUGGCACACAUCAAGUGGCGUUGAUUUUUUAAACAAUAUAAUAUUAACGAGAAAAUGAAAACCAAGAAAUUGUACGAGUAUAUUUAUAGAUGGUAUAUGAAGCUUCCUCCACACAGAAACGCGGCGUCGUCGAUCGGAGUACGCGAAUUUUCGGCCAGAAUCAAGGGAUUUAUUUUAUAUGGGUAUUGAUUAGGAUUCGAUGACAAGAACUAAACAUUAACUGAGGGGAGUUUAAUAGAUCAAGAAUACGCGCUGAGGUCAGACAUUUUAAACGGGAACCGAUUACAGAGAGAAUUUUUAAUUUUUUGCUAAAAAUGCUUUUACAAAAAUGAACUCCAUGAACGAACAAGAAACACAAACAGAAUGGCUCAAGGAAAAAAAAGAUAGGAAGAGCGCAUCAAUUUAUUAAAACUAUUAUAUAUAUUAACUCUAUAUAUCAAAUUGUUAAACGAACUAAACAAAGAACACACACAAACUACUUCUCUCUUCUGGCUCUCCACGCAAAAUCUCUGAAUCUCAACAGGAUAACAAUCUCGAAUCAACGGUCUUUGCUACCGAAAACCAAAAAAAUCUCUCGCUUGGGCCAUGGAACAGAGCUUUGCACACUUUCCUCUUUUUAACGAAACCGUUUCAGAAUACUACAUAUAUAUUUUUCAAAUAAUAUUGAAUACUUUCGAUGACCCAAACGAAGUGCUUUGAUUUUAAAUGGUCCUUGUACCAACUAAAUUUGGAUUUAUAGGCUUUUUUCAAAUUUAUAUAUAUACCCAAAUCCAAAAAAAAAGAAGAAUACGAAACGAAGCGAAAACCAAACAAAAAUACAAAAUAAAUAUAUAUUUUAUUAUUACGAAAUUUUAUCAAACUA